GCUGCAGCGUUAUUUGGAAUCUUGGACGAGCGUGAUCACGUUGAACGGAGGCUGCGGAAGGAUUAUUGACAGUUAUCGACGUUAGAAAGAUCCAGAGCCGGUGAUUCGCUCUGCUCGAUUUGUUCGUCAAUCUCGUUUGACUCGGGUGAAAUGAACGAGGCUAAUGAAUUGCCACCGGGGACAGCGUCGCUGCUCGAAGAACUCGAGAAGAAACUUAUGGUUUUAUUGAGGGAUGGCAGAACGUUAAUCGGCUAUCUUAAAAGUGUCGAUCAAUUUGCUAAUAUAGUGCUUCAGAGUACCAUUGAAAGAAUUCACGUCGGUCAGGAGUAUGGUGAUAUCCCGAGAGGUAUUUUCAUAGUAAGAGGGGAGAACGUUGUGCUUUUAGGAGAAAUAGAUAUAGAGAAGGAAAAGGUGUUGCCGUUGAAAAAGGUGACGGUGGAUGAGAUUUUGGAUGCUCAGAGGCGCGAACAGGAGUCGAAGCAGGAGCAGAAAAAGCGAGUGAACAAGGCUCUGAAGGAGCGAGGUUUUGCAUAUAUACCGGAUUUAAAUCACGAUGAUAUGUACUGAUGUACAAAUGUAUAUUCCUUUUUGUAUGAAUUUUAUCUAAUCAAUUUAUAUUAAUUAAAUGAUUGCUCGUUCAUA